GCUGCGCCUCACUGUGGGAUCUGCUGUUGACCUUUCAGCCCGUUCUCAUGAACGCAGAAAGCUUCUCUCCUCGUUCCCUCGCUAUGUUCGGCCCGGAGGUUUUGGUGGAGUGAGCGAGAGCACAGCGUCUGCUCUGAGUCUGGAGGGGGGAACCUGGCUUGUGAUUAAGGACAUUUCUUUCUCUUUUUUUUAAUUUGCGUUUGCUGCUGCUGGAGCUGUUUGUUUGCAGGGAAAGUGUGAAACAAGUGUCAGCGAGAGAGCAACAGAUGUUUUUGGUGGAAAUGCGGCCGUCUGAAGUAUGAGAGCAGCAGCGAGGCACCGGCGGCCCUUCCAGCGGUUCUGCUGCUGUGGAGUCGGGCUGCUCGCUGUCAUUUGGCUCGCGCAGGUCAUCCAGGCACCAGAGACGGAGUCUCCUGAGUUUGGGCCAGACGUGAACGGUGGGGAGCUGCGAUGGUCUCGCCGGCUGAUGCAGGAGAAGUCCGACAACCAGAGCGAGGAUCAGCCUCGAGCAGCCAUUUACGAGUUUCCAGAGGACAUCUUCACCAAGGAGCAGAGGAAGAAGGGGGCCGUUUGCCUGCAUGCGCUCUGUGCCAUCUACAUGUUCUACGCUCUCGCCAUCGUCUGUGAUGACUACUUUGUCCCUUCCCUUGAGAAAAUAUCCGAGAACCUGCAGCUCAGUGAAGAUGUGGCUGGGGCGACAUUUAUGGCGGCAGGCAGCUCUGCUCCAGAGCUUUUUACUUCUCUCAUUGCCGUUUUUAUCACCAAAGGAGACGUUGGAGUCGGCACGAUUGUCGGCUCUGCCGUCUUCAACAUCCUGGUCAUCAUUGGCCUGUGUGGGAUCUUUGCAGGCCAGACGGUGGUUCUGACGUGGUGGUCGCUUUUCAGAGACGCCUCUUACUACAUCCUCUCUGUCCUGACUCUCAUCAUGGUUAUCUAUGAUGCCACAGUUGUCUGGUGGGAGUCGCUGCUUCUCGUGACCAUGUAUGGAAUCUACAUAGUAAUCAUGAAGUUCAACUCUCAGCUUCUGGCGUUCACGACGCGGCAGCUCAGCAGCUCCGGGCCGUGCUGCUUCAGAUCCGAGAGUCACAGAGACAACAAGAUGGGAGACGAUGCCUCUGCUUGCAAUACUUCCAUAGUGCUUCUUAACAAAGGCCCCGCCCAUGGUCAGGAUUCUCCUCCAGUCAUGGUGGAUGAGCUUCUCAUCCUCAACCCCCACAAACUGUCCUUCUCUGACGCUGGCCUGCGCAUCAUGAUCACCCCCCACUUCUCUCCCCGCACCAGGCUCUCCAUGGCAGGCCGCAUGCUCAUCAGCGAGAGACAGAGGCUGAUCGAGAGUUCUCAGAACCAGCGGGAUGGCGAGGCCGGCCCGGGAUCACGAGGGGGAUCAACCAGUAACAGUCUGAAGAGGACGGGCUCCUGCUGUCUGGAGAACGGAGACAGAAGACCUGGGGUAGGAGACGCAGAGCCAGGAGACAAGCUAGGAGACGAGUCAGGAGACAAGUCAGGAGACAAGUCAGGAGACAAGUCAGGAGACAAGUCAGGAGACAAGUCAGGAGACAAGUCAGGAGACAAGUCAGGAGACAAGCUAGGAGUUGAGGUGGGCCAGACAGAGGAAGAGGAUGAUGACAAUGGGAUUUUCAGCCCUGUACGCAUACCAGGAAGCUGCUGUGCGCGGGUGACGUGGCUGAUCAAGUGGCCUCUGGGCCUCCUGCUCUACUGCACGGUGCCGAAUUGUAUCCUGCCACGCUGGCACCGCUGGUUCAUGGUCACCUUCGUGGCCUCCACCCUGUGGAUCGCUGUCUUCUCCUACCUCAUGGUGUGGAUGGUCACCAUCAUCAGUUUCACACUGGGCAUCCCAGACUACAUCAUGGGUAUCACCUUCCUGGCAGCAGGGACCAGCGUGCCAGACUGCAUGGCCAGUCUGAUUGUAGCUCGACGAGGCAUGGGGGACAUGGCGGUGUCUAACUCCAUAGGCAGCAAUAUCUUUGACAUCCUGCUGGGUUUGGGUUUCCCCUGGGCUUUGCGUACCCUUGUGGUGGAGCACGGAUCAUCAGUCCCCAUAAAUAAUAAAGGACUUGUGUAUUCGGUCGUCCUGCUGCUGGCAUCCGUGUUUCUGACGGUGAUGUGUGUUCACCUGAACCACUGGAGGCUGGAUCGCCGGCUGGGUGUGGGUCUGUUGUUUCUCUAUGUCAUCUUCCUGCUCUGCUCCAUCUUCUUCGGGCAGAUGUGAGGCCUUAGGGUCAAAGGUCGUCCAUGUCGGUGAACAUGAUGAGUAUCGACCUUUCUAGCACACGUCCUCUUUCCUGGAGCCGAAAAGGAGAGACGGCUUUGUUGUGUACCCUGUGAGAGUUUCUGUACACACGCAACUUCACAACACACACGUCUUUUAUCAAGAGCACAAUUGUCUCCUCCCGGUUGUGCAGUGCAGCGUUUUUUUAAAGUAUCAAAUUGGGUGACUUACCAAAAUAUGUAAUGACAUGGCAGAUGGAAGUAGCGGGCUUGUGGGCCUUCUAAUAUCGAUGUGAAACAGGAAGUGACACGACAAUGUGUCGUCACUAUUUUUAUUAAAGCCAAGCCAUUCAAAAUGAAGAUAUAUAGUCAUUUGAAAAAGAGUCUUGCUGGCUAUCACUGCACCUCUUUUCAUCUUCUAAAUGUAUUAUCAGAUUUGUAAUAUAUAUGAAAGUAAUAUAACAGGGUUAUUGAUUAGUGGAUUUCACCAACAACACAGCAAUCACAUGUUAUUUAUUAUAGGGAGUAUAAACCCAUCGGUUCUGUUGGUGAGGCGGGUUCAACAGUGUGUCAGAGAUCCAACGGUUUGAGAAUAUUUGAAGCUGACUGCUGCACUUGAUUGGCAGGAAGGGAAAUGAGACUCCACCCAACACAAGAACUAAUUGUCUUUAGGAUAAGCCAGAGAACAGGACGUGGAACAAACGGCUGAAAUCCAUAGUUGCUUGUGGUGAAACUGGAUAUUGUCUUAAUUUGCAGAAGCAAACAAAGUUGCCUCAAGGAUUUAGGGAAUAUGCUGAGGAGUGUUCAACCUUUGACCUCAAGCUGUUGAGGUGGCUCCACAUUUUGAACACUUUUCCUCUGCACCUUCCACAGAUGUUAACAAAUGGUACUUUAAUCUGCCAUGUCAUGCUUGGAAGAAUUUUUCAAGACAAUAAUCAGCAGAUUAAAAUGGUCCACUGGCGUUAGAAUGAACACCCUUGUAUGUUUUUGAUGUGCAACGUGUCCCAUUAGUGUGGAGAUAUUUACAUGCAUUCAAAUGUAGCAGGCGGCACUGAAUUACAGCGAAGAACCUCUGAACAGAUGUGAGGUACUUCUCACAUACGAUAAAGGACACCACGUAUGUGUCAGUAGACCUUUAGGAUUUAAACAUUGAUAUGAAAAUGCACAUUAUUGUGAAAAUAUUUUGACGAUUUUGCCUAACUACUUAUAAGCAAGUAUUGGCACAGCUUAAUGUACGUAAAGAGAUUAAUUUACUAUUACAGUAUUUUUAGAGUUCUUAUUACUAUGAAAUCUAAUAUAUAAUGUACGUCUGAGUGUCACAAUCUUUGAUGACUUUGAGUGCAGAUUAGUUGUAAUACGUCACGUUUAGGUACGACAAUCGGUGUUUGUAUUGUUUCUUGGACAUUUUAUGAGAUUAUUUAACUUUGGUGGAACAUUUUUACUCUAAGGAGAGAAGCAGCAUGUUACAUAUUCACAGAUACUGUAUUUGUUUGUGUGUGGAAUGGCUAAUAAUGCUGUAUAUUCUAUAUUUGUAUAUACCUGCUGCUCUGCUCUUUUUUAUAAGAUCCUUCGGAAAGCCCAACAAUUUGGACACAUUCAGAUAAUUAGAUGAAUUCAAGACUAAAUGUUCCACCAAAGGGAUCUGAGCCAUUUUUUGUGUCUUUUUCAAAUGGCUUUAUUAUUAUUAAUUAUUAUUAUUAUUAUUACUAUUAUCAUUGUCUACUUGACAACACUUUUUACUGUUUCUAAAUGUUGAAUAAUUUACAUAGUUUUACAAUAUUGAAUGUCCAACAGAGACUAGUUUUGUGAUGUUUUUGAGAUUUUUAAAAGAAAAUAUAUAAUGUAAGCCUACUUGUGAAUUAUUGUAACAGGAUGAAUGCAUAUUUUGUCAGAUUGUUUAGUGGAAUAUGAAGGCUGUCAUAUCAGACUAGCACUUGUUGUGAAUUCUUUUGCAGUCGUCUUAAAAUAUGUUCAUCACUCAGAUCUUUUAUUACAGUAUUGAUUCAUUGGCAACCAUAAUUCAUGCAAGGGAAGAAAAUAUCAAGCUCCCGUUUACAGGUUUAAAUCUGAUUUAAUGCCUGCUUGUCCAGGAAAAAAAAGGCUGAAACUAUUAGUUGUUUAGUUGAUCAGUAGGAAAUAAAUCAACAAAUAAUCUGUUAAUUGGUAAAUUGUUGAAAUCUUUGUUCAUGCAGAACUGUAAUUUGCAGCUUCUCAAAUGUUAGGAGUUGCUCUUUAGAAAGGCUGAAAUGAUGUUCUUCGCUUUGGUUAGCAUUGUUUUGCAUUCGUGAGAGAAUGCCACUCUUCAUGUCCUGGCCAUCGUCAUCCUCGUUCUACAUCCACAACCAUCAUUAUUAACUAUCGUGUGUUUCCAGGAGAUGAUUUGCAGCAGCUUGUGAUGCUAAUGUGUGCUUUCACUCUGCUGCCAGUCGUCUUCUCUGUAAACUCCUGUAUUCAGAUGUAAUAAUAAUAAUCUCAAUACCUUAGUCAUCGCUAUUGAGAGACACAACGGCGCCAAAGCAAAUAGUAGAACUCCAGUACUUGUUGUGGUUCCACGACUCAAAGAAUGUUCUCUUUAUUCCGCUGUGAUGUUCGGAGGUAGUGGCUGUUUUCGAGUUGAAAUGCUGUAUCGCGUAGAGGUCGUAUUGGAUCAUAGAAGACUUGUAUCUUGAGACCAAUAAAUAACGUGCAAUAACAA